CCCUCGACCCCGCGGGGAGCGGCAGAGCCGCAGCCGCAGCGGCCGCCGCCCGAUCGAACCCCCAAGCUGAACCGACGCGUUUCCCUCCCCGUCGCCGCUCCCGCCGCCGCUGUCCGCCGAGGGCUCCGAGCCGCUGCAGACGAGGGCGCCGACAAACAAAAGCCGCCUUCUCCGCGCCGCCCGCCCAGCCAGGCAGAGGCCGGCCGGGGACCCCACCCGAGGGCGGCUCGGGCUGCUGAGUUGCCGCGGUCUCCCCGCCCCGCGCCCCGCGCCCCCCGACCCCAGCCCAUGGCGUUGAUCAUGGAACCCGUGAGCAAAUGGUCUCCGAGUCAAGUCGUGGACUGGAUGAAAGGUCUUGAUGACUGUUUGCAGCAGUAUAUUAAGAAUUUUGAGAGGGAGAAGAUCAGUGGAGACCAGCUGCUACGCAUUACACAUCAGGAACUGGAAGAUUUGGGGGUGAGCCGCAUAGGUCAUCAGGAACUGAUAUUGGAAGCAGUUGACCUUCUCUGUGCAUUGAAUUAUGGCUUGGAAACAGAAAACCUAAAGACCCUUUCUCACAAGUUAAAUGCAUCUGCCAAAAACCUACAGAAUUUUAUAACUGGAAGGAGGAGGAGUGGUCAUUAUGAUGGGAGAACCAGCCGAAAAUUGCCUAAUGAUUUUCUGACUUCAGUUGUGGAUCUGAUUGGAGCAGCCAAGAGUCUUCUUGCCUGGCUGGACAGAUCACCAUUUGCUGCUGUCACAGACUAUUCAGUUACUAGGAAUAAUGUCAUACAACUCUGCUUGGAACUAACUACGAUUGUGCAACAGGAUUGUACUGUGUAUGAAACAGAGAAUAAAAUUCUUCAUGUGUGUAAAACUCUUUCUGGAGUCUGUGAUCAUAUCAUAUCCUUGUCAUCAGAUCCUCUGGUUUCACAGUCUGCCCACUUGGAGGUGAUUCAGCUGGCAAACAUCAAACCAAGUGAAGGGCUGGGUAUGUAUAUUAAAUCAACAUACGAUGGCCUUCAUGUAAUUACUGGAACUACAGAGAAUUCACCUGCAGAUCGUUGCAAGAAAAUCCAUGCUGGUGAUGAAGUAAUUCAAGUUAAUCAUCAGACUGUGGUGGGGUGGCAGUUGAAAAAUUUGGUGAAUGCACUACGAGAGGACCCGAGUGGUGUUAUCUUAACUUUGAAAAAGCGACCUCAGAGCAUGCUUACCUCAGCACCAGCUUUACUGAAAAAUAUGAGAUGGAAGCCCCUUGCUCUGCAGCCUCUUAUACCUAGAAGUCCCACAAGCAGUGUCGCCACGCCUUCCAGCACCAUCAGUACACCCACCAAGCGAGACAGCUCUGCUCUCCAAGACCUGUACAUCCCCCCUCCGCCUGCAGAGCCCUAUAUCCCAAGGGAUGAAAAAGGAAACCUUCCUUGUGAAGACCUCAGAGGACAUAUGGUGGGCAAGCCGGUACAUAAGGGAUCUGAAUCACCAAAUUCAUUUCUGGAUCAGGAAUAUCGAAAGAGGUUUAAUAUUGUUGAGGAAGAUACUGUUUUGUAUUGCUAUGAAUAUGAAAAGGGAAGAUCAAGUAGUCAAGGGAGACGAGAAAGUACCCCCACUUACGGCAAGCUACGACCUAUAUCUAUGCCAGUGGAAUAUAAUUGGGUGGGGGACUAUGAAGAUCCAAAUAAGAUGAAGAGAGAUAGUAGAAGAGAAAACUCUCUGCUCCGAUAUAUGAGCAAUGAAAAAAUUGCUCAAGAAGAAUACAUGUUUCAGCGUAAUAGCAAAAAAGACACAGGAAAGAAGUCAAAAAAGAAGGGUGAUAAGAGUAAUAGCCCAACGCACUAUUCAUUGCUGCCUAGUUUGCAGAUGGAUGCAUUAAGACAAGAUAUGAUGGGCACUCCUGUGCCAGAGACCACACUCUACCAUACUUUUCAGCAGUCUUCUCUGCAACACAAAUCAAAGAAGAAGAACAAAGGUCCUAUAGCUGGCAAGAGCAAAAGACGCAUUUCUUGCAAAGAUCUUGGCCGUGGUGACUGUGAGGGUUGGCUUUGGAAGAAGAAAGAUGCAAAGAGUUAUUUUUCACAGAAAUGGAAGAAAUACUGGUUUGUUUUGAAGGAUGCAUCUCUAUAUUGGUAUAUUAAUGAGGAGGAUGAAAAAGCAGAAGGAUUCAUCAGUCUGCCUGAAUUUAAAAUUGAUCGAGCCAGCGAAUGCCGCAAGAAAUAUGCAUUCAAAGCCUGUCAUCCUAAAAUCAAAAGCUUUUAUUUUGCUGCUGAACAUCUUGAUGAUAUGAACAGGUGGCUUAACCGAAUUAAUCUGCUGACUGCAGGAUAUGCAGAAAGAGAGAGGAUCAAGCAAGAACAAGAUUACUGGAGUGAAAGUGAUAAGGAAGAAGCAGAUACUCCCUCGACACCGAAACAAGACAGUCCUCCACCACCCUAUGAUACAUACCCACGACCACCUUCUAUGAGUUGCGCCAGUCCUUAUGUGGAAGCCAAACACAGCCGCCUCUCCUCCACUGAGACCUCUCAGUCUCAGUCCUCCCAUGAGGAGUUUCGCCAGGAGGUGCCUGGGAGCAGCGUGGUGUCACCCAUUCGUAAGACGGCCAGCCAGCGCCGCUCCUGGCAGGAUUUGAUCGAGACACCACUGACCAGCUCUGGAUUACAUUAUCUUCAGACUCUGCCUCUGGAGGAUUCUGUCUUCUCUGACUCGGCGGCCAUCUCCCCGGAGCACCGACGGCAGUCCACCCUCCCCACUCAGAAAUGCCACCUGCAGGAUCACUAUGGGCCAUACCCCUUAGCGGAGAGUGAGAGGCUGCAAGUGCUGAACGGGAAUGGAGGCAAGCCUCGAAGUUUCACUCUGCCUCGAGAUAGCGGGUUCAACCAUUGCUGUCUGAAUGCACCUGUUAGUGCCUGUGACCCACAGGAUGACGUGCAGCCCACAGAGGUGGAGGAAGAGGAGGAGGAGGAAGGGGAGGCAGCUGGGGAAAACAUAGGAGACAAAAGUGAAAGUAGGGAAGAACAGGAGUUAGGAAACUCAUUGCAAGAUUUAUACAGGGCACUGGAACAAGCCAGUCUGUCACCAAUGGGAGAACAUCGCAUUUCCACUAAGUUGGAAUACAAGCUAUCAUUUAUAAAGAGAUGUAAUGAUCCUGUGAUGAAUGAAAAACUACACAGGCUGAGAAUUCUCAAAAGCACUUUAAAGGCCAGAGAAGGGGAAGUCGCCGUUAUUGAUAAAGUCCUAGACAAUCCAGACCUGACAUCUAAAGAAUUCCAACAGUGGAAGCAAAUGUACCUUGAUCUUUUCUUGGAUAUCUGUCAAAACACCACCUCAAAUGAUCCAUUAAGUAUUUCUUCUGAAGUAGAUGUAAUCACCUCCUCUCUGACACACACUCAUUCAUACAUUGAAACGCAUGUGUAAGUGUAUUCUGCCUUCAGGCCUGGUACCUUCAUCUGGUACCUUCUGGUCCUUUGAACAAAUAUAUAAGGUAGUUUUUCUAUCAGUGUGUGGGACACUUGACAAACUAUACUUCAAUAUUACCAAACUAUAUGAAACAAACCAUAUAUGGUCAUAAUUCUGCUGUCUUUAACGAGCAUUUGUAUAUUUUAUAUGCAGUUAGUGCUCAGCUUAUGUUUACCAUGUGCAAAAUCAACUGUCCUUAAUGACUAAAAAUUAACUUUUGCAAACAAUUCUGAAGACUGGCUGUCUUCAAGCAGUCAAACAACAAAAAGGCAGUUUUCUAUCUAAGGUCAUCUUUUCUCCCUUUAAGUUAAUUUUAUAACAGACUUCAAAAGGAAAUCACAUUUUUUCAGACGCAGAUAUCCUUGUGGGUGGGAAAGAAUUUAAACCUUUUUUAUAUUUAUUAAAAUGAUCUAAGAAUUUUCGUAAACAUUGCACAAAGUUUAAUGCUGUAGUUUUAUUUUUGUGAAAUGUAGAUGCGCACACAAGAGUUAAGCAAACUAGAAAAGCAUCACCAUAAGAAAAGUUCAGGUACCUAGUAUUCGUCUUAAUAGUCUAUUAACUUGUGAAAGCUGGUUAAUGGAAAUACUAUUCCAAAUCGUAAUGGGGGCACUUAAUGGUGUAUCAGGGCAAAGCUUUGUAAGAUGUUUUUGUAACUAAGACCAAAACUGAAGAUAGAGCUGCUUUAUUUUCUUGGUUUAAAUCUUCCUUUAUUUUUGUAGUGAUGAAAUACUGAUUGUGUACAGAGGAAUUUGAGAGUGGUUUUUAAGAAAAAAAAAAACACACUUAACUCACCCAGAGAGGCAGCUAACAGAUAAUCUAGUAUAUAAUUUCAGCCCCAACUCAUGUUUUCAAACUCCAACUCUUAGCGAAACUACAAGGUAUCAACUGAAACUAAUCAAGUUCACAAUUUUCACCCUUGUCCAUUGAUGAAACGCAUGUAAUUUCAUCAGGCAGGGAAGUCAAAUAUUUUCAGUUAUGGGUAGGUAUGAUACAAUUUAAAAAACACUGUUGAUAAACAGAGAUGGGCCACUCUCCUGAGAAGUAGAGCAUGGUGGUCAUUCAGAGAUCCCUUACGCUCAAUUCUCUGGGAGAAAGCAAUGGUAGAGGUUUUGCAUUGCUUCAUGAAUUGUUCCAUAGGGUGGAUAAAGUCUCUGAAAAAGUCCUCUUCAUAUUUCCAUGCAUAAGCAUCUCAUUUUUUGAAAGUGAUCACAGCAUGAUAAUGACUGUGCUGCUUCUUAGUGUCUGGCUGCAUUACAUACAAGUCACAAUUUGCUGUUUUGUUAAGGAGGCAGAGCAGCCCUCCAUGAUUAUUCUAUAUCCUAAAAACUACUUCUAAUCAGCUUUAUACUGUUGCCUGUACAGCUCAGUGAAUGUACUUUCAUCUCUAAGAGUUCCAAUAUACACCAGUGAAUAUUUUUGCUGUAGAGGAGAAGGUGAAAACUCCACAGCGGGGAACUUUUUCUUUGCUUUUGAAAACACCAUUGAUUCACUAUCGUUUUGCAGACUUUGCACAACUGUACAGGAGAGUGGCCUUUCUACAGCACAUUUUCAGUAAUCCUAUAUUUAGUCAAAUGGAUGCGAAAUCAUGUAUUCAUGUUUGUAUGGAAUUUUGAGUCCAGUGUAAUAUUUUUAUCAUUUAAAAAUUCUAUUUGUAAAAAAAAACAUUUAUUUACUGCAUGGAUAUUAACACACAUUCAAUUUGUGGGAUUUUGUAUAUGUAAAACAACAACAAAACAAAACAAAAACCUCUUGUCCUAAAAUGAAGUGUGCUUGUUCCAGCUGUUUAGACUUGCUGAUGUUUACUAGACCAAAUGUGUGCUUUCACUUAAAAUGUCUGUACCUGAUGGGUGUACUACGGGCACGGUGGCCAGGCCAGGCCCUGUAGCCGUCCCUAUAUGUGGGCCAUGAUGGAGAGCCUAGCCGUGUCGCUUCUAAGCAGCUUUUUACCUUUGUAAAGUCAUCUCUGUGAUUUUAAAUGGUAAAAAUUAAACUAAUGAAAUUUUAAAAAAGACUCGUGGCUAGCCUAGCAUGAAAGAGACCUUUUAACACUAUAUAGCUGUACAUUUGAUUGCAUUGGUUUCAAAUCUAGAGAGGGGCAGCACUAUAAACUCAAGUCAAAUAAAUUCAGCUCUGACUGAAA